AUGGAGGCGAAGCCAGCGGACCUCCUGCUCUGUGACAGCCUCAUCCUCUGGUUGCAGACAUUCAAUACUGCUGCACCUUGCAGAAACAUUCAGGACUUGACUAAUGGGGUUGCCAUGGCUCAAGUCCUUCACCAAAUAGAUGUUGCUUGGUUUGAUGCAUCAUGGCUAAAUCGCAUUAAAGAUGAUGUUGGUGACAACUGGAGAAUAAAGUCCAGUAAUCUGAAGAAGGUACUGCAAGGAAUUAUGGACUACUAUCAUGAGUUCUUGGGUCAGCAGAUUUCAGAAGAGCUUAUUCCAGACUUAAACCAGAUAUCUGAGAACUCGGACCCUACUGAAUUGGGCAGGCUGCUGCAGCUUAUUUUAGGUUGUGCAGUCAACUGUGAAAGGAAACAAGAACAUAUACAAAAUAUCAUGACCCUUGAGGAGUCUGUUCAGCAUGUUGUCAUGACAGCCAUUCAAGAGCUUAUGAGCAAGGAAAUAACAGGUCUUUCCACAAGCAAUGCAUCAAGUGAAAUUGAACAGCAGCUUAAAAAAGCUUUGGAAGAUCUUCAGGAGGCACUAGCAGAAAAAGAAGAGUUGGCACAAAGGUGUCAAGAGCUGGAUUUACAGGUGGCUGCCCUCCAGGAUGAGAAAAACAGCUUGAUGUCAGAAAAUGAGAUUAUGAAUGACAGGCUAGAGCAAUUAGAUGACUCUCUUGAUGAUCCAAAUACUGCAGUUGCAAAAAAGUAUUUUCAUGCACAGUUGCAGCUUGAACAACUUCAAGAAGAAAACUUCAGGCUUGAAGCUGCAAAAGAUGAUUAUCGUGUCCAUUGUGAAGACCUAGAGAAACAAUUGAUUGAGCUGCAGCACAGAAAUGAUGAACUAACUUCCUUGGCAGAAGAAUCUAGAGCCUUGAAAGAUGAAAAUGAUAUUCUUAGGAGUACUGCGGACAAGGCAAGUAAGCUAGAAUCCACUGUGGAAGUGUAUCGCAAAAAGCUCCAGGAUCUGAAUGACUUCCGCAGGCAAGUCAAAUCUCUGCAGGAAACCAACAUGAUGUACAUGCACAAUACAGUCAGUCUGGAGGAGGAACUGAAGAAAGCCAAUGCAGCACGGGCCCAGCUAGAGACCUACAAAAGACAGGUCCAGGAGCUUCAUAACAAACUGUCUGAAGAAUCCAAAAGGGCUGAUAAACUGGCCUUUGAAAUGAAGAGACUUGAAGAAAAACAGGAAGCUUUAAUUAAAGAAAAAGAGAGACUGAUAGUACAGUGUGAUGCAUUAAAAGAGACAAAUGAAGAGCUUCGAUAUUCACAGAUGCAGCAGGAUCACCUGAGUCAAACAGAUGCAUAUUGUGACAAAAGCCAUGAGAAUCUUGCUGCUGAAAUUCUGCCAGUAGAAUAUAGAGAAAUGUUUAUUCGGCUGCAGCAUGAAAAUAAGAUGCUCCUAUUGCAACAGGAAGGAUCAGAAAAUGAGCGUAUCACAGAGCUCAAGGAACAGUUGGAGCAAAAGCAUCGGACAGUGAAUGAACUAGAAACUGAGAAAAGGCUAAAUGAAGAACAUAUUGGAGAGUUACAGCAACAGAUUGAAGACCUGCAGAAGACUUUGCAGGAGCAGGGAUCCAAGUCUGAAGGAUCUAGCAACUUGAAACAGAAGCUGGAAGCACACAUGGAAAAAUUGAAUGAAGUUCAUGACGAGUUGCAGAAGAAAGAGGCUGACCUUGCAGAACUCCACCCUGAUGUUAGUCAGAACUCUCAGAAGAUUGGAGAGCUGGAAGCAGCAUUGCGAAAAAAGGAUGAAGAUAUGAAAGCAAUGGAAGAAAGAUAUAAAAUGUACCUUGAGAAAGCAAGAAACGUGAUAAGAACCUUAGACCCCAAGUUAAAUCCGGCAUCGGCAGAAAUUAUGUUGCUCAGAAAACAACUAACAGAGAAAGACAAAAAAAUUGAAGUACUAGAGGCUGAAUACAAACUUGCUAAGUUACGUGAUUAUGAGGAAAAGCUAAUUGUAACUGCAUGGUAUAACAAGAGCCUCACUCUUCAGAAGCUAGGUAUGGAAGCAAGGCUGGUUGGCAGUAGUGGUGACUGCAAAGAUGGACCUGGACGUUCCUUCCUAGCUCAACAACGGCAUGUCACCAAUACCAGAAGGAAUCUCACUGUUAAAGUACCAGGUGCAACAUCGGAUUAAGCCACAAGGACCACGAGGAAAACUCACAUGCUAAAGUGUCCUUAAAUGUUCAAUAGCUUCCACUUUACUUGAUGAAAGAGGAGCUUAGGAUGAUGUGAAUUCAACAUCAGAACCUCUCAAGACAUGAUUUAGUUGAUCAGUGAUGUGUGUAGAAGGUAGCACAUAGUUUUCCAAGCAGGAGUAGAUUUAAUAAUUGCAGAUGUA